AUGAAAUUGGACGUUAAGAGGCAACUCUUUGCCCGCUCCGAGCGGGUAAAGGGCAUCGACUUCCACCCCACGGAGCCAUGGAUCCUGACCACACUGUAUAGCGGUCACGUUUACAUCUGGUCUUACGAGUCCCAGUCCAUAAUCAAAACAUUCGAGCUCACCGAUGUCCCCGUACGAGCUGGUCGCUUUAUUGCCCGCAAAAACUGGAUUGUUUGCGGUUCGGAUGACUUCCAGUUACGCAUCUACAACUACAACACUUCCGAGAAGAUCGCUUCCUUCGAGGCCCAUCCCGACUACAUUCGCUCAAUCGCAGUCCACCCUACUCAGCCCUUCGUUCUUACCGCCUCCGAUGACAUGACAAUCAAAUUGUGGGACUGGGAGAAGAACUGGAAAUGCGUCCAGGUAUUCGAGGGACACAGCCACUACGUGAUGGGACUGUCCAUCAACCCCAAGGAUACCAACACAUUCGCUUCGGCUUGUCUGGAUCGAACCGUCAAGAUCUGGAGUCUGGGCUCCCCGCACCCCAACUCUACCCUCGAAGCCCACGAGACCAAGGGCGUCAACCAUGUCGACUACUACCCGCAGGCCGAUAAACCAUACCUCCUUACAACAUCCGAUGAUCGCACGGUUAAAGUCUGGGACUAUACGACGAAAGCGUUGAUUGCGACCUUGGAGGGCCACACCAGCAACGUUUCAUUCGCUUGCUACCACCCGGAGUUGCCGGUCAUCAUUUCAGGAUCCGAGGAUGGAACCAUUAAGAUCUGGCAUGCCAACACAUACCGACUGGAACAGUCGCUAAGCUAUGGCCUCGAGAGAGCCUGGUGUAUUUCUUACCAGCGUGGUAAGCAGGGUAUCGCGAUGGGUUUCGACGACGGUGCAGUGGUUGUGAAGAUGGGUCGAGAGGAGCCUGCGGUGUCCAUGGACGGCUCAGGAAAGGUUAUCUGGGCGAGACACAACGAGGUUGUCUCCACAGUUAUCAAGGGAGGCGAUGCUAGCAUCAAGGAUGGGGCACCCAUCUCGCUACCGACUAAGGACUUGGGCUCCUGCGAGGUCUACCCACAGACCCUGUCACACUCUCCUAACGGACGGUUUGUUUCGGUUUGUGGCGAUGGCGAGUACAUCAUCUACACUGCCCUCGCAUGGAGAAACAAGGCCUUCGGACAAGCCCUGGACUUUGCGUGGGGAUCGAAGGACAACAGCAACGACUACGCUAUCCGCGAGUCAUCCACUAGUGUCAAAAUCUUCAAGAACUUCAAGGAGGUCAGCGGUGGCCUUGAUGUCGGCUUCCAGGCCGAAGGCCUUACCGACGGUGUCCUUCUCGGUGUUAAGGGACAAGGGGGUAUUGGCAUGUUUGAUUGGGAAACCGGAAACCUGGUCCGACGUAUCGAGGUUGAGCCGAAAGCUGUUUACUGGUCGGAGUCUGGUGAAUUGGUCACCCUUGCUUGUGAGGACAGCUUCUACGUCCUCCGGUUCUCGAGAGAGAACUACGUCAAUGGCCUGAACGAAGGCGAGGCCGAUGAGGACGGUGUCGAGUCAGCUUUCGAAGUCGUGACUGAUGUCAACGAGUCCGUCAGAACCGGUCAAUGGGUCGGGGAUUGCUUCAUCUACACUAACUCGACGAACCGCCUGAACUACCUUGUUGGUGACCAGACCUACACAAUUUCUCACUUCGACCAAGGGAUGUACGUCCUUGGCUACUUGCCUCGGGAUGGCCGGGUUUACCUUGCCGACAAGGAUGUCAACGUUGUUUCGUUCGGUCUCUCUCUCAGCAUGGUUGAAUACCAGACGGUGGUGCUGCGUGGCGACAUGGACCUGGCCGCGGAGCUGCUGCAGGACGUGCCCCAGGACCAGAUGAACAAGGUUGCCCGUUUCCUUGAGGGGCAAGGGUACAAGGAGAUGGCCCUGGAGGUCGCCACGGACCAAGAGCACCGCUUUGACCUCUCCCUCGCCCUCAACAACUUGGACAUUGCCCUCGAGAUCGCGCGGGAGGCCAACGUCGAGCACAAGUGGAAGAUCGUCGGUGACACCGCCAUGUCGGGCUGGAACCUCGCUCUGGCUCAGGAAUGCUUCACCAACGCCAAGGACUUUGGCUCCCUUCUUCUCCUACACACCGCCAGCGGCAACAAGGAUGGUCUCCGUAAGCUGGCCGAGCAGGCCUCCGAGGCGGGCCUGCACAACGUUUCCUUCUCCACCCUCUGGUCCCUCGGCGACGUCGACGGCUGCAUCGACCUUCUUGUGCGCACCAGCCGGAUCGCCGAAGCCGUUCUCUUUGCCCAGACCUACAAGCCCUCGCGGGCUCCCCAGCUCGUCGCCCAGUGGAAGGAGUCGCUCGAACAGACCGGCAAGACCAAGAUCGCCCGCCUUAUCGGUGUUCCCCCCGGUGCCCCUGACGCCACGACAGACGACGAUCUCUUCCCCGAGUGGGACGAAUACAUCCGUCUAGAAAAAGAGGGCGUUGCUCCCGAGCCCCCGUCGUCGGAAUCCUUGAUCGACGUUGACGGACCCGAGGAGGAACAGUCCAAGACCGCCGAGAAUGGUGCACCCGAGGUUGCUGCCGAGACGGAACCCAAGGCUGAGGCCGAGGCCGAAGCAUGA